GCCACAGCCGUGGUGAGCAGCGCUACUGACAGCGACAGUAACAGCGGCGGCGAGGGCGAAGGCGACGGGCACGGCGGCGGGCGACAUUGCACAGAAGCACCUCAAAGUCCAAGGAUAGAAACAGCGGACAGCGGACCGAAGGACGUGGGCCUUGUAAAUGACAUGUUCCGGUACGUGCCCCGCGUUGUGGCGCGAAUUUCAUUCAUGGUUAUUGUUGGGUCGGCGGUCGCUGCUGCAGCAGCUAGUCGCAGACACUGCCGCAAGGGCGGUCCCGGGCGACAUCUGAGUGGCUGGUCAACGGGCUACUGGGUGCACGUCGAAGUCAUUGUCACACAUUUUCAUCAGUGA